CCAAGCUGUGCAAUAGUAUGGACGUAGUCGUACAAUGCGCAAGUGGUUUUAUAUACAACAAACGUUUCUCUGUCAACCUUAUAGAACUUUGCGAGUUUGUCAAAUGAUUAGUGGGUUUUACUAAUUAAUAACCCAAAAUCCGGAACGAAAGGAUAUAAAAUAUUAAUAAAAAAUCGCUAUAAAUUCGAUAAAAAUUCUCUAUAUUUCGGUUUUACGGUAAUCGAGUGAAAAUCGUUUAUAAAAUAAAAAUGUGGUGUCUUAUUAGCCAACCCAAUUCUGUUGUUAUCGAGGUUAGAGUGGAUCCGAAAGCCAUUGGACAGGAAUGUUUAGAAAAGGUUUGCGAACAUCUCAACAUCUCAAAAGAAUGUGAUUACUUCGGACUCAAGUACGAGAGCAGUAAAGGUGAGGAGCUUUGGUUGAACCUCAGAAACCCAAUUGACCGCCAGAUCGGAGUACACGGCCACAACACCUCCGUGCGAUUUGCCCUACGGGUUAAAUUUUGGGUACCACCACACCUGCUACUACAGGAAUCGACGAGGCAUCAAUUUUAUCUCCACGCGCGUCUCGAUCUGUGCGAAAAGAAGCUCAUCGUUCCCGAUUCGGACAUAGCCGUACGACUUGUAGCGUUGAUAGCUCAAGCGGAAUUCGGUAACUACAGCCAUCAGCACCAUCCGCAAAACAUUUAUGCCGUCCUCAGGACCAUAAUCCCUCGAGACGCUUCCGUUUCACAUCAAGAUCUUCUCUGGAAACUCGUCGCGGAACAUAAAAACUGUGCGGACAUGAAACCUUGCACCGCGGAGUACUGGUUCUUGAAGGAGGUAGCUACUUUGGAGACGUUUGGAGAGGAAAUGUUUCAACUCAAGCCAAGUAACGCGACCGUUCAGUGGCAAAAAGUGGAUAACGUCCGUUUGGGUGUAGGUCCACACGGUGUAACGAAAUACGACGACAGAGGAGGUUCAGAAAAGCUUCUGAUCCCAUUCACGGCCAUCCAAAGCGCCUCUUCACAUCGCAGGACCUUCAAGCUAGAAUACGUGAACAUGGACAACGUGCUGGCUCAUUUCGAGGUGAAACUGGAAUCGAGUCACGCGGCUAACGGCUUGUACAGGGCGAUCACCGAGAAGCACGCGUUCUACAGUUGUGAAACCGUACGAAGCGCUGUUACUGAACAGUUCAUACGUGAUUUAAAGGGCACUAUUGUUUCGAUUUUUAACGAAGAUUCUUCGUUGGGGAAAAAAUAUGUAUUUGAUAUACGAAGGACAUGUCGCGAGGUUUACGAUAAUGCCCGUAGGGCUCUUUAUCAGGAGAGUCAAGUACCUAAUCAGAUGCAGGAAGAGGAUGUUGGAAAUUUAGAUGGGAAACAUUGUUCGGACUCCCAUGAACGUUUAACAAGAAUACUGGAUGCAAUGACCUGCAAGAUCUGCAUGGAUAAUCAAAUAAACACGGCUUUUUUUCCGUGUGCCCACAUCGUCGCAUGUUCAUUGUGUGCCUCGAAAUGUGACAGGUGCCCAUUGUGUCGUGCGGACAUAAAGCAAUCCGAAAAAGUAUACUUGCCAACAGACCUUCAACAGUAAAAGAAAAGAUUUUUGCGACGAAAUCUUAGAAUGGGAGUAAAUUUUAGUUUUAUUAUCAUAACUAAUAGUUUUUUUGUGAUACCCAAUAGAGAAUUAAUGCCGUCUCUGCUUUAAUAAUAACAAUAUUAAAAAAAAAAGAUAAAAAAUUGCAUAUCGUUUGAAAAUUUGAAAAUAAUAAUUAUAAUUGGACGUUGCAUUAGUUCUCUUGUCGAUAAGUACAAGUACAGGUAUUGUCUGAUAAGAAAUGUGAGUGUCAGAGUAGAAUUUAGUUUUCAGAACGAUCUCAUAUUGAGGUUACACUUAUUUGUUCACCUUUUUACUGUGUAAAAUACUUAAGGUACGCGCACGUGGUAUUUGUCUGUGUUCUAACGGAAACGGUUUGGUCCUUCCGUAAAAAGAAUAAAAUAUAAAAAUCUUUGACAAUAGUCAGUUUAACUGUAAUACAGAUUUAUACUACCUAAGUCAUGAUAUCAAUGCAAAUUAUUUAUUUUAUAAUCGAGUAGUUGUAGUUGUAAUAAUUAAGAUUGAAAGAAGGAAAUUAUAAUAAGGAUGUAUACACGAAAUAAAUUCUAUUAUAUGUAUAUGUAUAACGUGAAACCAUUUAUUAAAAUAUUGUAUAUGUAUACAAGCAGUGGUGUUGUGCAUUAGAAAUUUAUAGGAAAAAAAUGAUAAUGAUGACAGUGAGCAUGAUAUUGGCGUUUUUGAACCGAUCUGAAUCCUUUUAUCAUAACAUCAUGUGAACGUUGCAAUCUAAAUGAGAACUCGUUAUAGUGGACCCAGAGAGUAUUGUGAUAAUUUCUUUGUUAAAAUUAAGUUUUUACUUCGAUGGAGACACAUUUAGCACUGCUAGUAUUUUAUUAUUAGUAUUACUAUUUUAUUAAUGUCUGAAAAUGGAUAAAUAAAAUAUAUGGACUGAA